UUUUGGAUCAAUAAAUAACACGUUUAUCAUUUUCCUUUAGGUAUAAAAGAACAAGUUCGGUAUCAUCGGAAGAACAGUCCUCUUCUGUUAGUAUUCAAAGCAUCUUCCAAUAUGGCUAAGCUAUUCGUGAUAACUCUUUUCGCCGCUAUGGUAGGAACUGCUCUUUGUGGUGGAUAUGGUGGCGGUAGUCAAGGACAUGGCCACGGUCAAGGAGGUUUGAUUGGAGGACAAGGUGGUGUUCACCACGGAGGUUCAGGAUCUGGUUAUGGAGGUGGUCACGGUCAAGGAGGAUUGAUUGGAGGACAAGGUGGUGUUCACCACGGAGGUUCAGGAUCUGGUUAUGGAGGUGGUCACGGUCAAGGAGGAUUGAUUGGAGGACAAGGUGGUGUUCAUCAUGGAGGUUCCGGAUCUGGCUUUGGAGGAGGUCAUGGUCAAGGAGGAUUGAUUGGAGGACAAGGUGGUGUUCAUCAUGGAGGUUCAGGAUCUGGUUUAGGAGGACAUCAUGGUCAAGGAGGAUUGAUUGGAGGACAAGGUGGUGUUCACCACGGAGGUUCAGGAUCAGGUUAUGGAGGUGGUCACGGUCAAGGAAAAUUGAUUGGAGGUCAAGGUGGUGUUCAUCAUGGUGGUCAUGGAGGUCAUUAUUGAGUCAGUGAAAGUCGAAGUUCCUAAUGUACUUUAUUUAUGAAUAAAAUUGUGAUGUGAUAUAUUUUCGACAUAAUA